GCGAGGUGGUUCGCGUUGCGAUUUUUAUUUAAUUUCGAUGCGAUUUUGUUUGAUAUUUUAUAUUAGUUGAAUUUUUCUAAAUAAUUACUUAAUUUCGUGUGCUGUGAAAUACAGUUCCGGAAGGUAUUUAAUUUUGAGAAUGGUGCUAUUUACGAAGAGUCAAGAGAUGGAAGACACGAUGCCUCAAACUGUUCCUUCUGCAGGGUUCACACCCCCUUGUGAUUACAGUAACUUUGCUGACAACUUUGAUUUAUCGCUUCUACCAGGAGGCGAUCAACCAGUAUCACCAUCGACGCAGUUCUAUCCCCAAUCAUUUGAAGCAGACAAAUUGUUCCAGCCCAAAAUAAUUACAUCGUUCUGUCCAUCUCCACAAUCGGAGCAAGAAUCCGAUUUAGAACAAUUGGCUCCAGAUUUCCAAACUCUGCUAGUACCAGACGAUACUAAAAAAUAUACAGGAAGUAUUUAUUUAGACGUACCGAGUCCUUAUUCUCCCAUCUCACAAGGAUUAUUGUCUCCUAACGAAAAGUUCACCAAUUAUAGGGAUACCAAUUAUUAUCCCAGUUCUCCUGAACAAUCGGUGUAUACUCCAUCUCCUAAUUCCAUCUAUUCUACAUCACCCUGUGGAGAAGAUUAUUUACAGAACCAAUUCAUUAAAAAAGAAGCUUCACCCGUAUCGAAUUUUUAUAAAUUUACUGUCAAAGAGGAGACUUUCCUUUUACCUACAAGUCCUGCAUCAUACACUUCUAAUUCCUCGGACAAACAAAUUUGCUUGCAAAUUGACAACACCGAUGUUCUGAACCUUCUUAGCACAGUCGGUAUUGAGAAAGAAAUAAAAAAAGAAGCUACUGAUAACUUCAACAGCUAUCAAAGCACACAAACUCUUCGACAAUUAUUGGAAAAAGAUAUCAAAAGUCCAGAAUCUCAAACUGUACCUGAACAACCAAAAGAUCAUCAAUUGUUGAGAGAAGCGUUAAGAGACACUAGCUAUCAAAAAAAAUUCAACAUCAAACCGAUCGAAUUCGAAUUUUGGAGAGAGAUUAAAAUGGAGGAACCCGAACAAGAUGAUUUAAUGAGAACUUGUAACGAAGAGAUUGUUAAAGGUAGCAUCGAGCCUGUUCUGGACAUGGCUAUUGAACAAAUGAGGAAAGAUGUGGGUAAUACGUGCGCAGCGCUAGGAAUUUCAGCAGAUCCUUCACAGUGGGAUUCAGCCAGUGUGUUAUCAUGGAUCAGGUGGACAUCUAGGCAUUUUGGUCUAUCAGAACCAGUAUCAGAACAAUGGGAUAUGACGGGUUCUAAACUGGUCACCCUUUCCGAAGAAGAUUUCACCCGGAGAUCACCUCAGGAAGGUAUGAUACUUCACGCACAGCUAGAAAUAUGGAAAGCUGCGUAUUCCGAGGAUGAUUUAGGCAUACAGUGGAGACCUGAAACAACGUCAAGCAAUGCUUCUAGUGGAGAUUUAUCAGAAGAUGAAGAAGAAGAAACUUUAUCGCCGCCAGAUGUAUCAAAGCCCACUACUUCGAGAUCAGGUUCUCAUAUCCACUUAUGGCAAUUUUUAAAAGAACUGUUAGCGUCUCCCCAAACAUACGGCUCAUGUAUUAGGUGGAUAGAUCGCUCAAAAGGAAUCUUCAAAAUCGAAGACUCGGUUAAAGUUGCAAGACUCUGGGGUAAAAGGAAAAAUCGUCCAGCAAUGAACUACGACAAACUCAGUAGGUCGAUCAGGCAGUAUUAUAAGAAAGGCAUAAUGAAGAAAACCGAAAGAUCGCAACGGUUAGUCUAUCAGUUCUGCCACCCGUACUCGUUGUAAAGAUCUGUUUGCAGCUACAAUUCUUCUUCUGAAAAUUGCAUCGAAUUUUUAGAAUUAAUUUUCUUUGAAACGAAACGCAAACAUUUGGAUACUAUCAGAAAAUUGGUAAGGGCAUGUCCUCACCGUGUUCUUUUGAAAUGUAUGCAUAAGUUUGGAAGAAGAAUUGUUUGUUAAAUGUAAAUAGCUUCACUAGAAUACCAAAGUAACUUGGGUGGUGAACUGGGUAGAGGUGAUGGGUAUUAACUAAUAAAAUGUAAUACAUUUUGUUAUCAAAGUGUUAAAAAUAAGCUAUAGGGUAUUACUAUAGACUUAUGAUACGCUAGUUAAGCGUAUUAUUUUAAAGGAAGGUAAUUUCCGAUAAAAAAAUUUUAAUUGUUAAGUAAAGUAUUUGCCGAAUGUGAGUAUUGUUUUGAAGAAACUUAGUUAAAGAAUCUUCUUAGUCAGAUGAUAACUGGUGCUCAAGUUAAUUGUUAACUUUAGAAGCUCGUUAUUGUAAGAGAUUUGCUGAAGCUAAUGUUUCUUCAAAUAUCUCUUUAAUUUCGGUGAUUUCGGUCCCAUAUAUCUAUGAUAUAUUACGUUAGUAAGUUCUAUGAACAAAUUUGUAUUUGAUAACUAUUAAGAAAAUCGCAAUAUGAAGUAUAGUGAAGGUAUUUUGUAAAAAUAUUAAUAAUUAUUUCUAUACGUGUAUAAAGUUACUCCAAAGUAUUUGCCCACCCAGAACUAAGCAUUUUAUAAAAGAUUUCGCUAGAAGACCAGAGUAAUAUCAAUUUUAACUAUUUAUUAACAUUUAUUCAUUCAUUAUAAUAAUCGUGUUAUUUAUUUCUAAUGUUUUUACCAACUAUUAAUUUCACUACUUCGGUAUUGAUUAUCUUCUAAUCUUAAUAUUAUAGUUAUCCCUCUGAAAAAUAUUUUUGUUUUUGCCCUGCAUAAAAGAGAGAGAACUAUUUAUGAAUAUUAACAUAUCUAGUGCUAGUUUUCUCACCAAAACUCUCGAGCAGUUCAUUUAGCGUUCGAUUAAAAUAAUUUUGAAUAUUGAUUCUUCCCCAAGUACACAAUUUCUCGUUUUGGUAUUCCCUAUACAUAUAUAUUCUUCUUCAGUCACAACAAACGUAUCUUCUUCUAAGGUCGCGUUUACUACUAAAGUAUUUCUGGAGGUCGAUAAUUAUAUUAUUUGGAAAUUAUAUAAGAUUCAGAAGGAUGUAAGAUUUUGAGUGAUUAUGUUCAAAAUUUAAAUUAAUCAAAACAAAAAUGUCACUGAAGAAUACAGAUAAUAAACUGUUUUAAUUUUAUGGCCAGGUGGCUGUACAUAACUUGAAAACAUGUCUUAAGUUGAAACAAAUAUGAAAUCAUAAACAGGCUUAAGGUUUCCAAUACAAACACUAAUAAAAGUCACCAAAUACUUUCGAGAAAUGGUACAUACAUAUUUUAUUUUCUAAUGAGUCUGUAAUUAGAAUAACUGAUGAUAUUAAAACAAAACAUAUAUUGUUAUUUAU